CAUUAAAGACAACUCAGAGGGAGCUGCUUGACCUGCGGUGUCAAUAUGAUAAGGAGACGGCAUCUAAAGCGGAUGAAGUGGACAUGAUAAUGACCAAUCUUGAAAAAGCCAACCGGAGAGCUGAAGCUGCUCAGCGGCAGGUCGAGAGUCUAAGGGAGCAAUUAUCUUCUGUAAAUAAUUCCAUCACACUUACCUGCUGUUCUUCCCAAGGGCCCACUGGUGAAAAGACUGGCUUUUCCUUGUGUUCCGGGUCUCAUCUAGAAGCCGCUUUGGUAGUGAAGGACAGAGAAAUUGUUAGGCUCCUGAAAGACCUUCAGCACCUCCAGAAUUCCAUACAAGAGUUAGAAGAGUCAUCAACCAAUCAGAUUGCAGAGCUUGAACAGCAGCUGGCCAUCAAAACAGAGGCCGUAGAGAAACUUGAAGAAAAGUUACAAAGUCAGGCUGAUUACGAAGAAAUUAAAACUGAACUAAGCAUCCUGAAAGCUAUGAAGGCCGGAACUGCAGACUGUGAUCUUUCCCAGGAAACUUCCAAAAAUGAAGAGAACCUGUUGAUUACAAGAGAAGGCUUCUACUCAUCACAGAGUUAUCUGUUAGAAAAAAAGAGUGCCUUGCCUACAAGUGAGGAGGAUCAUUCUGAAGAUGACUCAUUGAGAGAACCUCAUGGAACUGAACGAUCCUAUUCAAGUUCUCCUCAUGCAUCUCUUCAAUCGAGAAUUGAGGCUGCUACACCCAUUUCAGCUCAGUCUAUGUUAAGAGCGGCAGGUGAACAACUAGCUGAAAGCACCUUCUCCUCUUACUCCUUGAACAGUGAACAAGUGCCAGUAGACCAACUACACAAAAAGCAGAUGAUUCCACCAGUGCCCAAAAAUGAAAAUAGUACUGUUCUUUCAUACCCAUCCACGUUUUAUGCAUUGAAAGCAAAUUUGUUGCCUACCAACAACCAUGUAGCCACUAGAAAUCAUGAUUCCAGUCCACUGAGUGACCAAUCGGAAGGUAGCAAUUCUAGCUCUGUGGAUGACGAGCACUUGGACACAUCUGAGAUAGCAUUUCAGGUAAAAGAGCAGCUUCUAAAACAUAAUAUUGGACAACGUGUUUUUGGCCAUUAUGUCCUUGGGUUAUCGCAAGGGUCCGUGAGUGAGAUUCUCGCCCGACCCAAACCUUGGCGAAAGCUCACAGUUAAAGGAAAGGAACCUUUUAUUAAAAUGAAGCAGUUUCUCUCUGAUGAACAGAACGUCCUUGCACUGCGAACUAUCCAGGUGCGCCAGAGAGGAAGUAUUACACCACGAAUUAGAACACCGGAAACUGGUUCUGACGAUGCCAUCAAAAAUAUCCUGGAACAAGCGAAAAAGGAAAUUCAGUCUCAGAAAGGUGAAACAAAAGAUUCAUCCACUUCAUUAACAUCCUCCUCAGGCAGCAGUGGCUCGGAGGAUGCGAUUAAGAACAUCCUGGAGCAAGCGAGGAGGGAGAUGCAGGCGCAGCAACAAGCUUUGCUGGAAAUAGAGUCCGGUAGCAGCCACAGGUCCAUUCCGACACCCCCAAAUGAGCGCCCCAUACUGACGCCUUCUACAAACAAUACAGCUCACGUCUAUAUUAAGCAGGAGGAAGGCACCUUUUUAAGUAGCACAAACAGCAGCUCCACACAGACUACUUUGAGUGUAGUGUCUCCUGCAGCAUUUGUUCAGAGUAUUAUACGAAAGGUCAAGUCAGAAAUUGGUGAUGCUGGAUCAUACUUCGACCAGCACUGGGCAUCAGAAAGAAAUUUAUUGACUCAUCCCUUCAACUCUGUAUCCCCAUCUUUGUCAUCAUCUUCGAGUUAUUCCAGCUUGGCCAAUGGUAGACUUUGUAAACGUGGGGAGAACAGCGACGCAGCUCCUAAUGAUGAUGAUGUAAAGACAGGGGAAGAUGCCCACAAGCCACUGGAGAUCAAGACAGAAGCUGGAAGCCUAGACCAACAGAACAUCAAUCGACUGUCUUAUUACCCUGCAUAUGUCCCAAGGAAUUUGAAGCCAACAGUUCCCCCUUUAACUCCAGAGCAGUAUGAGAUGUACAUGUACAGGGAAGUAGAUACACUGGAACUGACCAGGCAGGUUAAGGAGAAGCUUGCAAAAAAUGGAAUCUGCCAAAGAAUAUUUGGAGAAAAGGUUCUUGGACUAUCCCAAGGCAGUGUAAGUGACAUGCUGUCUAGACCCAAACCCUGGAGUAAAUUGACUCAGAAAGGCCGUGAACCAUUUAUCCGCAUGCAGCUAUGGCUGACUGAUCAGCUUGGCCAAGGGAUUACUCAUCAGCCAGCCAUUUCACAAGGCACAGCAAGUCCUACAGAGACUCGGUCAUCCCCUUCUCCAUCACCCAGCCCUGUAGAGCAGGAGUGUAGUCCUCCUGAGCCACUUAUCUUGAACUUAGAAAGCACUAAAGAAAAUCAGCAGCCAGAGAGCAGGUCCGCUUCAUCACUGAGUGGCAGAACCUUCCCCAGUCAUCAGACGGCAGCAGCAGGUAUUCAGGAAAUAGUCGCCAUGUCUCCUGAACUAGACACCUACUCCAUCACCAAGAAGGUUAAAGAGGUGCUGACGGACAAUAAUUUAGGUCAAAGGUUAUUUGGAGAGAGCAUUCUGGGACUUACUCAGGGUUCUGUAUCAGACCUUCUCUCAAGGCCUAAACCGUGGCACAAGCUUAGUCUGAAAGGCAGAGAGCCAUUUGUACGUAUGCAGCUCUGGUUAAGUGAUCCACAUAACAUUGAAAAACUGAGGGACAUGAAGAAAAUAGAAAAGAAAGCUUAUCUGAAGCGACGAUAUGGACUCACUGGUGGCUCAGACAGUGAGUCUUCCAAUACUAGAACAGACUGUGCAAGUCCUGGCCUCCAUCUGCAGGAAUACAGUCUUCUUCAGAUGAAGAAACCGAGGGUGGUGCUAGCGUUGGAAGAGAAGGAAGCUCUAAAGAAAGCUUAUCAACUAGAGCCGUAUCCCUCACAGCAAACUAUUGAGAUGCUCUCCCUCCAACUAAACCUUAAGACAAAUACAGUGAUCAACUGGUUCCAUAACUACAGGUCACGCAUGCGUAGAGAGAUUCUCGUUGGGGGUCAGCAGGACAAUGAUACAGACCAGGAACCAAAUAGCUGUGACAGCUUUACCUCAUACAGAGGACCUUAUUUGCACAGCCCCAAUUCAGAUCGAGGAGACAGAAAGCCACCUCUCCACCACAUGAAACAUCUAAUGCAGAAUAACUGCUAUACUGUGGAAAGAGACACAAAGCAAAUCAAAAAGGAGGACACAGAGGAGGAAGAGGAGGAUGAUGCGUGCACUCGAUGUGAUUCCUGCAGCUCUGAAGCAGCAUCCGUUACCUGUUUUGAACCAGAGAAAUACAGAGUUAUUAGAGAAGAGCAGGUUACUGCCUCUCACUGUGAAGACUUGCAGAGAUUACGUUACCUAAGGAAAACUAACAAUGUGUGCACUAAAGCUCCUCAGUCUGGAACGCAUGAGUGUCCAUCUUUGCUCUCUCAAAAAGAGAACUCCAGUUCAGACCGGCCACAAGCUGACCCAAUAUGUUUUAAGUCCGGUGUAGAAUCCUCGCGCUGCAGCCUAGAAGUGUCUCUUAAUUCCCCCUCAGCUGCUUCAUCGCCCGGCCUCAUGAUGUCCGUUUCUCCAGUUCCUUCUUGCUCUGCUCCAAUUUCUCCAUCUCUUCCUAGUACUGAAUCAGCCAAAGCUCAAACUUUCAGCCCCACCAGCGACACUCUCCCAUUGCAUCCAUCCUCAAAGCAUAGUCCCCACAACCAGAAGAGAAAUGAGAAGAUGGCCAAUUUAAAUAACAUUAUUCACAGGCUCGAGAGGGCCGCAAACAAAGAAGAAACUCUAGAAUGGGAGUUUUGAAAAAGCUAAAAAAAAAUAAAAAUAGUACUAUUUAUAUCGGUCUCUUUGUAAGAUCACAAUGAGAAGCAGAGAGACUGCAAAAAAAAUCACAAGGAAUAUUUUAUAUAUAUUUUUGUUUUGUUUUGUGAAAUACAAACUUACAAAUAUGGGAUUAAAAAAUGUGCUUCAGAAAUCCCAUGCAUUGAAGAAAAA